AUGCUGGGAACCUUGCUCUGGGUGCGAGGCCUGCCCCUGGAGGGAGCCGCGGAGGACUGGCAGCUGGAGGUGCUGGAGCAGGCCAGCCUGUGGCUGGGCCAUUGCUUCCUGCAGGCGGCCUUCCUGGUAUCGAGCGGCUGCCCCAGCCUGGAGCAGGCGGCCAAGGAAACUUUCUGUGUCACCAUCACAGUGUCCAGAUCAUCCUGGGCACUGCCAGAGCCACCUGCAGCCAUUUCUAAGGCUCUGUGGAGGCCCAGGGACUCCUCACCCAGUUCCAGCGCCAGCGCGGCCUCCCAGCCCACCAGCCCUUUGAGGAGCUCUUGGACCACUGGGUCUCAGCCUACCACCUGCUGGAGUGGCUGGUGGAGCAGCAGCAGCCCCUUUCAAGAGUACAAGGGCAGGCACCAGCUGGGGAAGGCUGGUGUCGCCUUGUCAGCCACAUUCUGGAGCCUGGCAGACAGCCUCAGCAAGUUCCUGCAGUCCUCUCUGAGCCAUGUGCUGCCCCAGCUGCGCUACCUGCACAUCUUCCUGGAGCAGGUUCACGCACACUUUAAGGAGUAGAGUGUCAGGGAAGGGGGCGCAGCCAUCCGGCUGAGUGAGGGGUUGGCCCUGCAGCUCUACACUGACUGUCAGCUCAACAAGCUCUUCUACCGCGAGGAGUUUGUGCUGGCCACUUUGCUGGACCCUUGCUUCAAGGGGAAGAUUGAGGCCAUCCUGUCGUGGGGGCCAAUUGACCACUGGAAGCAAGUCCUCGUGUACAAGGUGAAGGAGAUUAGGGUGUCUGAAUACUCUUUGACUGCCCCAAGCCCCCUGCAAAGCCCCAGGGGUCUGUGCGUGGACUCCACCAGGGUAGCCAAGAGCUCCGGGGUGGAGGGGAGGAGCCAGGGGGAGCCUCUGCAGAGCAGCGGCCGCUCUGGGGCCUUCCUGCUGGCCCAGAGGGAGAAGGGCUUGCUGGAGAGCGUGGGGCUGCUGGCCUCCGAGAGGAGCGGGGGCUCGCUGUCCACCAAGAGCCACUGGGCCAGCGUCAUUGUCAAGAAGUAUCUGUGGGAGAAUGAGACCGCUGGAGCCCAGGAUGACCCCCUGGCUUACUGGGAGAAGAAGCGAGAAGCCUGGCCACCACCUAUCUGUCUUACCCCUGACAGGAGCCUUCUCUGAAGGCAUCUUUGCCUCCCUGAACAGCCCCACCCUUGUAGAGCAAAACUCUUCUCUCAAGGUGGAGGCCAUUGAGCAUCUCCUCUUCUUGAAGACCAACCUGGAGCAGUUUCCCAACUACACCCUGCCUCCCCUCGUCUGCUCUAGUGGUGACCUGGCCAAGGGGAUACAGACCCUGCAGUCCGCUCAGGGUGGGGUGGCAGACAUGGCAGGUGCCGGUGCUCACCCUGCCCGUGAACUCCUAGAGAGCCCCUGCCUGUAGAGAGCCGGGUGUUGCAUCCUGGGCGCCACAUGCUGAUGGCCAGAAUCUUAAACCUAUUUGGUAAGAAAGGGUCAGUUUCUCACUUGACAGAUUGCCAUAUUUUUUUUUCUGGGAGAUGUCAUUUUCCAUCUCCCCAUUACUUCCUUUACGUCUAGCGGUGUGUUCCGAGAAAAGGCUUACUCUCUUCGUAGGUGACUGUGAAUUUUGUACUACCUGGCUUUGUACAUGUGAUGCUCUGUUAAAACAUAAGUGGGUGUGAAGGUCCUUGCAUACACCUUGUCUGUGUGGAUAAGUGGAUACAUGCCCUUAAAAGGCUUGCUUUCUCAAAAAGUGGCCAAGGACGUGGAAUGGGCAUGUGCUGGCAGGUGGGAUAUGUCCUCAGCCUUUGGGGGCGUGGAUAAGCUAUUGCAGCGCUUUCUGAGGCUUUCAGUAUAAGGAGAACGAAAUCCCAAGGGUAGAAUAGCCAUUUCCAGAGGGAAUUGCACACAUACUCCCACACACCAGUCUUUUGGGGGAUUUCAGAGUGGCCAGAGAAACAGACUGAAGGGACUGACCAGCUAGCUAGGAGAGCUGAGACGCCAGUCCUCAAAUGGUGUUCUUAACAAUAGUCUAUUUCCAGACUACUGGAAACCCUGGGGUUUCUUCCUUCAGUGACAGCACCCUCAGUAGCUCUCCUGGGCUCCAGGCGGCUGGCUGUACACCCUGCCUGCCAUCACCUGUGCCCCGGCUUGUCCUGGACCACUUUUAAAAGGGAAGUUCCUUAUUUGGAAGAGAGAAAGGAUGUGUGUAGCACACGCUCAUCAUGGAUUGCUCAGAGUUCCUUUAGGGCAGAGCUGAGGGCCUGGGAUCCAGGAACCAGUGGGAUUGGGUGGGAGAAGAAGGAAGGGGGUGGCCCAUCACCCCAGCAAGACUUGCAACCAGGUAGCCUAAGGGCUCCUGGUCACUGGGUAGGGUGGCUGCUGAGAUGCAGGUCGGAAGAGGCAGGGGAAGGCUCCAGGCCUAACUUGGAGCAUGUCACUGGCCAUGGGGGUGAGGGGACAGACUGUCCCCUCACUGGCUGGCAGCCCCAGGAGCCUGUUCCCUUGCCUCUCCUGGAUGGGUUGUCAGCCCUGUGUUUCACUGUGACCAAUUCAUUAUAACAUUUGGAUAUUACUGAAAAUAUAAGGAAGCAGGAAAAAUUAACUAUACUCCUUUCAUUCAGAGAUAGCCUCUAUCAAUAGUUUGACAUUUUUCCCUCUUUUACAUUGAGAUCAUACCUUAGGUACUGUUUAGUAUGUGAUAUUUUCAUUUUCACAGUGUAAUAAUUGCACCUGUUAAAGUUUUGUUAACAUUUAAUGACUGGAGUAGUAUGAUUUGAAUUAAAG